AAUAGCAUACUUUCAUUUACUAGUAUCUGCAGAUUGUUUUGGUUUUAGAGAUUUCUGUGCACUAUUGAAAAUAUUGAAAAUAUUGAAACUAUUGAAAACAUUGAAGUGCUUUAAAAAUGUCAGACAAUGCAGCCCAAAAUAAAACAAGCAUACUGACGAUUAUCAGGGUGUGGAAGCUCUCUAUCCUCACUCACUGUCAUGAUUACACACAUAUUCCUUGCUUUGCCAAGCUUCCAUUUAGAAAGAAAAGGUGUGGUGUCGUGCAGACGUCAUAUACAGCUCCAUAUUUGAAACAAGAAAGGUUUCAAAUACACCUGAGCAUUUAGUCUUGAGACAGUGCAGAUUCGUUACCUGCUAUUUUCAGACUUCGUCCUUUGGCGAAAUGGAUCAUAAAAAGUUUACGUUACUGACGUUAUUUUGGCACGUACUUAUCUACCACACAAUUUCUUCAGAAUCAAAUACGACAGCACAAACACCUACAGGCUACAUCAGUACAUAUACAACGGAAGCUAAGAACGCCACGACCGCACAAUCUGCGACCAAUGAAACCACUGUAGCAUCUACAAGUACAGAGGCAAUUACAGGCAGCACAAGUGCAUCUACAACAGAAGCUACCACCACCUUCAUGACGACACCACUUACAACCACUGAAACCACUGUACCAUCUACAAGUACAGAGGCAACCACAACAGCUUCAAGCACCACAUCAGAUCUCACAUCAACGACAAUAGAAACAACUACAGGCAGCACAAGUGAAUCUACAACAGAAGCUACCACCACCUUCACGACCACACCACUUACAACCACAGAAACCACUGUACUAUCUACAAGUACAGAGGCAACUACAACAGCUUCAAGUACCACAUCAGUUCCCACAUCAACGACAAUAGAAACAACUACAGGCAGCACAAGUGCUUCUACAACAGAAGAAACCACCACCUACACGACCACACCACUUACAACCACUGGUGAGUCCAGAAUGCUACAGUAAUGCAAAAUAAAUUUGUUCCAUACACAUCCAGUAAUAAGAAUCAUUACAGUAGAACAAAUUCACGUGGAUUGGACAUGUAUGUUCCAUGGCAGAAACUAUUGCAUAUCUUCUGUCAAAAACACCACAGAUUUUUUUUCCAAAUUCUUUGGUCCCUUGAAAACAAAUGCGGUCUACUUUCCAGAAUAUUUAAGAAAAUUAUC